CUUGUCCAGACACUCUUUGUCCUGACGACGACGAUGACGGCGACGACAACAACGACGACCACGAUGUCGUCGAAGUACCUGCUCCUUCUUGGAUCCUUAUUUCUCUUCGCCGGAACGCUGGUUAGAGCACAAGACGAUGAAGGAGCCGAUGGAAUCGACGCGAAUGCCGAAGAGCUGUGCCAGGAUAGGCCGGGAGACGAGUACUUCCGGUUGAGCGUAGAAGGAGACUGCCGUGACGUCGUAAGAUGCGACAAAGCGACCGAGAUCGGUGUGACGAGGUUGGCGACCGUCCGCUGCCCAACGGGUCUGGCGUUCGACAUCGAGCGACAAACGUGUGAUUGGAAGACGAACGUGAAGAACUGCGAACAACUCGAGAAGCCACGUAAGGUCUUGCCCAUCUUGAGGACCGACGAACCCGUCUGCCCCGAGGGAAAAUUGUCGUGCGGUAACGGCGAAUGCGUAGACAAGGAGCUCUUCUGCAACGGUAAACCGGACUGCAAGGACGAAUCCGACGAGAAUGCCUGCACCGUGGAAACAGACCCCAAUCGCGCACCAGAUUGCGACCCUACCCAGUGCGUCCUCCCCGACUGCUACUGCUCCGCCGACGGUACCAGGAUUCCUGGUAACAUCGAGCCCUCCCAGGUGCCUCAGAUGAUCACCAUAACCUUCAACGGAGCCGUGAACGUCGACAACAUCGACCUGUACGAGGAGAUCUUCAACGGCCAACGUCAGAAUCCCAACGGCUGUCAGAUCAGGGGUACCUUCUUCGUGUCCCACAAGUACACCAACUACUCUGCCGUGCAAGAUCUGCACAGAAGAGGCCACGAGAUCGCUGUGUUCUCCCUGACCCACAAGGAUGACCCGCAGUACUGGACCCAGGGUAGCUACGACGACUGGUUAGCGGAGAUGGCGGGUGCCAGGUUGAUCAUCGAGCGUUUCGCCAACAUCACCGACGGCUCCAUCAUCGGAAUGAGGGCUCCGUACCUCCGCGUAGGUGGUAACAAGCAAUUCGAGAUGAUGGCCGACCAGUUCUUCGUCUACGACGCCUCCAUCACCGCGUCCCUGGGCCGUGUACCCAUCUGGCCGUACACCCUCUACUUCAGAAUGCCGCACAAGUGCAACGGAAACGGUGGAAACUGUCCGUCAAGGUCCCAUCCUGUUUGGGAGAUGGUGAUGAACGAACUGGACAGAAGAGACGAUCCGACGUUCGACGAGUCCCUGCCUGGUUGCCACAUGGUCGACUCCUGCUCCAACAUCCAGACGGGUGAACAGUUCGCCAGGCUGCUCAGACACAACUUCAACAGACACUUCAACAGCAACAGGGCACCUCUGGGUCUGCAUUUCCAUGCCUCGUGGUUGAAGAGCAAGAAGGAGUACAGGGAGGAGCUGAUCAAGUUUAUUGAAGAGAUGCUCGCUAGGAGUGACGUGUACUUCGUUACCAUGGUCCAGGUAAUCAAAUGGAUGCAAACGCCGACCGAAUUAUCAGCUUUGAGGGAUUUCCAGGAUUGGAAGGAGACCUGUGACGAGAAGGGACAACCGUACUGUUCCCUUCCUAAUGCGUGUCCUUUGACCACCAGGGAACUCCCCGGUGAAACCCUCCGUUUGUUCACCUGCAUGGAGUGCCCGAAUUAUUACCCCUGGUUGUUAGACCCAACCGGUGACGGCUUUACCGCGAACAAAUGAGCGAUCCAUCAGAGAAAUCUGUCGAUCGACUGGCGCGUGUCUUCAAGGAAACGAACCUGAUCGAGGCGCGAUUUUCUUGAGGAGCACGCGUCAAAAUAUCGCGCCAAGAACGUUUCGCGAACAGAAACGAUUAACUGCAGACUGAAUCGAAUUAGUUAACAUCGGUCGCGUUGUUUGUAGAAAAUAUAUUUUUAUAGAAAUUUAUGGUAAAUCUAUUUCGAAAUUAGAGAUUGUUGAAUCUCUGUAGGAAUCAAAAUGGCUGCUCGAGAGAACAUUGAAGAUCUCUCUGAGAAUAGAAAUACUAUUUUAUAUUUAUAUACAAGUAGUGUACUUUUGAAAGUUAGGUACUCGUACAAAAUAAAAACACUAUUUUAUACGUGAACACCGGAUCUUUUAUGCGAAUAUUUUAUAUAUCAGGGAAAACUUAUUGAUUAAUCGUUCUUAAAUUAAAUCGGUAAAGUUUUACCGUGGCAAUGGUGACCUCCGCAUUUCUAUUUCAUGCUCUGCAUUGUUGAAUAUUCACGAGUCGAAGAGUAGGUAAGCUGUUCGGAAUUGGAAAGAAUGAUACUUGAUGUUAUCGAGAAUGAAUUACUGUACGAUAGAAUGUGUCGUCGGAAUGUUAACGAUGUCAUAGGAUUCUGUAGGUAGAUGUUCGCGAAACGUUUUCUACGAGCGAGUAUAGGUCCUCCACGGUGAAAGGUGGACGUGUCCUUUACAAAUUGAUUCAACUUGUACAUAAACACCGUGUCCUUGCCCUCCUGAUCCUUAUCCCUUUCUUCUGCGGUUCGUUAUGCACAUGUCCUGACGAAGGAUCGAUCAAUUUCGUGCCUUCGCCGAUCGCCGUUCACAAACACACCUUUUGAUUUAUGUUAGCGCUUAAGAGACGCGUGAGAUUAAUUAAGAAAUAUGUUUUUUAGAGUCCUGAUGAAGGUGUUUCGCAAUAAAUGUUUUUCGAAAAAUUAA